CCUGUGCCCGUGAUGCUAACGAGCCUGUCAUCAUCCUGUGUUCUCUGUCUGGAGGAAGAAAUCUCAGAUCAAAAGAUGUGCUUAGCCGCUUCAAAGCGUGCUGAUACAAAUUGAGCAAUUUUGUGACGGAAAUAUGGCUACAGACUGGCUCGGGAGCAUUGUGUCAAUUAAUUGUGGAGAAAGCUUGGGAGUCUACCAAGGACGAGUGUCUGCUGUGGAUCAGGUCAGCCAGACCAUUUCUCUGACACGGCCCUUCCAUAAUGGGGUCAAGUGCCUCGUGCCAGAAGUCACCUUCAGGGCGGGUGACAUCACUGAGCUGAAAAUUCUGGAGAUCCCGGGACCAGGAGACAGCAGACAAUGUGGGGACCUGCAGCAGACAGAAAUGGGCAUCCCUGGCGUCGGAUGCCAAGUGGGUCCCAGUCAGAAUGGCACUGGGAAAGUGUUAAAGAAGCCCAUCUCCAGCAGUGCCCCGCAGAAUAUCCCAAGGAGAACAGACAUGAAGAAUCAGGAUAUCAUCAUCUCUCCCCAGCAGCAGUGCUCCAAGAGCUACAUGGAUCGACAUGUGGAAACAUUGACUCAAUCCAAAGGCUUCCGGCGUAGACACAAUUCCUGGUCGUCCAGUAGCCGUCACCCGAACCAAGUGACCCCAAAGAAGAGCGGCCUGAAAAAUGGGCAAAUGAAGAGCAAAGAUGAUGAGUGCUUUGGGGAUGACAUUGACGAAAUCCCAGACACAGAUUUUGAUUUCGAAGGGAAUCUGGCCCUUUUUGACAAGGCGGCUGUGUUUGAAGAGAUUGAAACUUAUGAGAGGAGGAGCGGCACUCGCUCCCGGGGGACCCCAAAUGAGAAACCAGCUCGCUAUCGGCAUGAUGAGAACAUCUUGGAAUCGGAGCCCAUAGUCUACAGAAGGAUUGUCGUACCCCAGAACGCUAACAAAGAAUUCUGCACGGACUCCGGGCUGGUCGUUCCAAGCGUGUCUUACGAGCUUCACAAAAAGCUGCUCUCGGUUGCUGAGAAGCACGGGCUGACUCUGGAGCGGAGGCUGGAGAUGACGGGAGUCUGCGCCAGUCAGAUGGCCCUGAGCCUCCUUGGGGGACCCAACAGGCUGAACCCAAAGAAUGUGCAUCAGCGGCCCACAGUAGCCCUGCUGUGUGGCCCCCACGUGAAGGGGGCCCAGGGGAUCAGCUGCGGCCGACACCUCUCCAACCACGACGUCCAUGUCAUCCUUUUCCUGCCCAACUUCGUCAAGAUGCUGGAAUCCAUCACCAACGAGCUGAACCUUUUCAGCAAGACGCAAGGCCAGCAGGUGUCCAGCGUCAGAGAUCUCCCAGAUACCCCCGUUGACCUAGUGAUCAACUGCCUGGAUUGUCAUGAAAAUGCCUUUUUGAGAGAUCAGCCUUGGUACAAAGCAGUUGUGGACUGGGCCAACCAGAACCGGGCACCCGUCCUCAGCAUAGACCCUCCGAUAAACGAAAUGGAGCAGGGCAUUGAUGCCAAGUGGUCGCUGGCCUUGGGCCUGCCCCUGCCCCUGGGUGAGAGGGCCGGGCGUGUGUACCUCUGUGACAUUGGCAUUCCCCAGAAGGUCUUUCAAGAAGUGGGAAUAAACUACCACUCGCCCUUCGGUUGCAAAUUUGUCAUCCCCCUGCACUCCACUUAGAGCCCGUCCAGCCAUACGGCUCUGAAGGGAGAGAAGAGAGGAGGAGGAGGUCUGUCAAAUAAGCUGUCCAGUGGAUCCUGACUAGUAAAACUCAUGACGCCUUAAGGAUGUGAAGUUCCAGAGAGUUUUCCUUCCAGAAGAAACAUUGUCUAUUUAAGGAAAAAAAAAAAAAAAAAAUAAUCAUAAAAUGAAAAAAAAAAAAAAAAAAGAAAAAAGGAGGAAGCAAAUGAAAUGUUCCUGCAAAGCUGUUUUCAUUCUCUUGUGCCAUUGUAUGAAGGAACAGGCAGGAAGAUGGUGUCUGUCCCCAGUGAAGGCAGGCAUUGGUGCGCAGGCCCAGCCGGGAGGCUGUUUACGGAGGGUUGUAUGUGAAGGUGGUACAAGUGACGAGUGGUUUGGAGAUUUGAGACGUGUUUCUUGGUCCUUCUGGGCAGAUAGACCCAGCAAGGGUGCCCUGGUGGGAACAGCACCGCUUGAUUGUGUAGAAAUACCUUCUGUUGCAGCUGUACUGGAAGGGAGGAUUUGGUUUCGUUCUGUUGUUGUUUUUGACUCCCCCUCCCCCUGCCCUUGUUUUUAUGUUCCUGAAGGCAGUUGUAGCUCGUUCUCCUUUCUGGACCCGCCGGCCCCUCAAAGAAAGUGUUCCCUCUUUGGAAAGCUUGUGUGAAGAGCCAGAAGCUCUCAGGUCACGCACGCUCUAGGAACACUGACGUCCUCAGUUAGGCCUUACUUCUGUACUCUGUUGGCUUUUUGUUUGGUCGCUUAGCGGGUGAAGCCCGGGUCUAUGGGCGAGAAGUGUGUUUUGGAAAAGAACUUUUCCAGGAUAGUUAUUGGUUUUUUUUCCUUCCUUCCUUCCUUCCUUCCUUUCUUUCUUUCUUUCUGGCACAGUGAGUGGCUGAAUCAGGGAAAGCAUAGUGAAGCAGGGCAGUGUCACUCUGAGUUUGUUGCGUGGUGUAUGGUGCAGGUGAUGUUUGGGUGAGUUCCCCCAGUACUUCCAGUAUCCCUCCUACUUGGUGUAGCUUGGGAAGUAGGACGUGGAUCUGUUGGAAUGCCCUUUGGGCUCGAAGCCUGCGUUUGGUGUGGGCUUGUGUGUGUUUGUCUGUGUGUACCCACGUGCUGGGAAGCAGCUUGAGGAAGGACUUGGGUCCUGUUUGCCUGCAGGUAAUGGUGUGGUGAGAGCUGCUGCCCUCCUGGAGGGGCACGGCAGAACGUUCUUGUCUAAAUUACUGUAGGGCGUCUGCCCCUGGUUGCUCUGCUAACUGCUCUUGUGCUGCGCUUGCUUCCCAUGUGCUGCUAGGAGGCGUUGGGUUACCUUUUCCUGGGCUGUCUUUUCCUAGCUGAGAAACCAUCAGCUAGCUGGCUUUGGGAAUCCAUCGUGCUGGCUUUCUGUGUGCUCUCUGAAGGCUUCAGGCCCAGCAGCUGACCCGGAGAAGCGCUGAACCUGGAGUGGGGGAGGUGCGAGCUGUUCCUUCGGAGGAAGCGGGCAGAUGCAAGGCAGGGGCCCUUUUCUCAGGAGAGCGUGGGCAGUGCUUGAAGCUCUGCUGCUCUUCUGGUACCUUACCUGUCCCCAGAGCUCCUGCAGGUACCUGAACCUUGCACAGACCCUCUUUUGGCAGCUGUGGGAGCUUCAGAGCUUCAAAGGGUGCCUUUUCUCCAGGGGAGCUGGGUCCCUUCUGAGGCUGAAGCACAGGGAUGCGUGGAAACGGUCCCCUACUGUUGUAGCUGCCCUGUGGCUGUGCUCUGCUUGGCAAACCUAUGGACCCACUUGUGCUCGGAGCGGUGAGGAUUUACAGAUCAGGCACUCAUCUUUCAUCUGCUUAGAACAAAGGCCAAGUGUAUCAAAGGAGGGAAGAGACUUCCCUGGAUGAUAAGGAGCAGCUGAGUAAUUUAAUACUGUCUGGAAGCAUGGAGUGACUGGGGAAGUCCCAGUCUGUAAGGACAAGAUGCUGGUGAGCAUCUUUCUUCCCCUGCACUGUGCCGUAUCUACCUCAGCAGGACAGAGGGCUCUGCCCCGCUCAGUGUCCAGACCCCUGGCUCCCUCGAGCUUCUCUCCCUGCCGAGGGCUGGAUGGCUGAACCGCUUACACCCAGUGGCUUUAGCGCUGGCAAAGGCGGGGACUGGGUGACUUGUGACGGGUGUAGCUCUGCCCUGGAGCAGUUCCUCUCCCAAAGGAACGGCAAAGCUGAAGCACCUAUUCCUCAGGUGAACCAUGUCUCAGCUUGCACUGUAGUGGUGUUUAACAAGCUGCGGGUCUACCUCGGCUGCACUGGGAAGGGAUAGCAUUUGUGUUUCAAAUAACCAAGCACGUUGCGAGGCUUCCCUCUGCCUUUUGGUGUUUGUUUGGCUGUUUCAGCUUCAUCUAACCUUUAGCUGGGCAGAGGAGCAGCGGCUGGGUUAAAAAGGUGGACAUUGCUGUAGUACAGUGUUAGCUUUAGCCCCCCCCCCUUAUUUUCACUUUCCUUGCUCAAUAAGAGAACUUGCCGGUUCAAUUUCUGCUUUCCUUGAACCAGGCUGCAGGUUUUGAUUUGGGUUUUUUUUCUCGCCUCUUCUGGGUUUGGCUAUUAAACUAUAGAUUGUACACAACCGAGCAGUAACAGUGUAGAAAUAGUCGAGGCUUUGUCACAGGGUCCUUUCCUGCCUCUGCACUGCUGAGCCACUGGCUGAAGUUACGUGCCCAAAGGGCAUCCAAGCAGGUCAAGAUGGUUUUUGCAGGGAUGGCAGCACGGAUCAGGUCUGUAUGUGCUGCCGCAUAGCUCCAGGAAGCACUAGGGCCCCUUGCAGCAAUACAGUUCCCCAUGGAAGAAAAAAAAAAUAAAAAAAUAAAGCGAGCAGCAGCGUUGCACAACAGGAGGGUACAAACCCUCAUGUAAAGAAAGGGAUCUCCAAUCCCAGGGCACAGCAGGCAGCUUUGGGCUGUGUUUGGCACAGUUAAACAUUACGGCGUGCUCACUUUCUGGAGACAAGAGUAGAUUGGGGUAUUUGGCUGUACUUUUCCUUGGCUAGAAAGGCUUGUACUGGCCUCACCCACAUGAAAUGCAUCUUACGCGCAGGUGUGAGCUCCUCUGGAGCACUCUUGAGACCCAGAAAGGUGUCUGUCUGGGUCCCUCCUUCUCCCCCUUCCCCCCACGUUGCCAGAGUGAGUUAAUUCAAAGAACAGAACACUUUUUUUAUCUGUGUUUGAUAGUUUCUACCCACAACCUUAACCACCAUCAUAGGAACUGCCCAUGAGCGCUGCUCUGGUCACUAACAUGUGAAGAUCACUGCACUAUGUCACUGCUUGAUAUUCCAUUUGUGACCUGGUGUUUGUAAUGACUAAGUCCUGCCGCUACUGGGGGAUGUCCGAAAUAAAGUGCAACUAUUCAUGUGUGC